UUUAAAGAAGACAAAGAAGAAAGUGGAAAUAAAGAGGAAGAAAAAAAUACCUCCUCAGAUUUCUUUCACCUUCCGCUACCGGUGGACUUGAGUUGGACCGAACCGCUCAUAACAGAGCAGAAUAGACCAGUACAAACUCCAGGGAUCUGCCUACGAACAAACAAUGGCUGUGAACGUCUACUCCACCUCGGUGACCAGCGAAAACUUGAGUCGCCACGACAUGCUCGUGUGGAUCAACGACUCGCUGCAGAUGAACCUCACCAAGAUCGAGAUGUUGUGUUCAGGUGCCGCCUACUGUCAGUUCAUGGACAUGUUGUUCCCGGGCUCUGUUCCCGUGAAAAAAGUGAAAUUUGGCGCCAAGCUGGAGCACGAGUACAUCCACAACUUCAAGCUCCUCCAGUUCGCCUUCAAGAAAAUGAACAUCGACAAAAUCAUACCAGUGGACAAGCUGGUGAAGGGCAAGUUCCAAGACAACUUUGAGUUUGUGCAAUGGUUCAAAAAGUUCUUUGAUGCCAACUACUGCGAGAGCGAGUAUGACCCGGUGGAGGCCAGGAAGGGCCAAGAGGCGGCAACUCCACCCAACGCCGCCAUGUCGGCCCUCAACAAGCCCCCAAAGAAGGCCAUCGGCCGGACUCCUCAGAGGCCACCGGUUGCCAAAGUCGCCCCUAAAGUGGUGCCCAUCAACGCCAAGAAGUCCGCAAGUGCCACCGCCAACAAGGAGGGGGCGGAGAUCCAGUCAGAACUGGAGGAACUCAGGUGUACGGUUCAGGACAUCGAGAAGGAGAGAGACUUUUACUUUGGGAAGCUGCGGAACAUUGAGCUUAUUUGCCAGGAGAAUGAAGGCCAGGGUGACCCCGCACUGCAGAAGAUUGUGGAUAUCCUGUACGCUGUAGAUGAGGGCUUUGAGAUACCAGAAGCUGAAGAGCAGGAGGAGUUUUAGCAUCGGGAGAGCACGAGCUGUUUUUUUUUUCUCCCCCGCCCCUCCAAACGUCGUCGCCGUGACCGAUCUUCGACGUAUUCGCUCAAGUCUAGUGCGAGCGGCCCAGUGAUGCAGCCGCUGGACUCCCAACUCUUCUGUCAGUAAAAUACUCUUCCUCGGCGCUGGGAAGUGUCUGAUGUUUUUAUCACAUGAGUGUAAGAAGGUUCUGUGUGGGUGUGUGUAAUUGUAUGUACUGUACUUUUACUUUGUUACUGACUGCCACUCUCAAUGUCAUUUGAAGUUGUCACUCAAUUCACAAACCGGGUUGUCGCCCUCCCGUUUUGACAUUCCCAACUGGUCCAAUUAUUCCAAAAGAAGCCAGUCCCCAUAAUUGAUUGGAUUUUUACUCUGCUAAUUCUCAUUUUCUGUUGGAUACGUUGGUCUCUUUUGGUGUGGGUCCAUCUGUCAGUUUGGUCUCCGCUCUCACUCAAGAGUCAUAAGCCGACAGCCAUUUCAUUUGUUGCAAUGAGUUCUAGCAGGUUCAAUGUUGUGUGGUAAUUUUACUGUUUGUGCGUGUAAAGAUAGUAUUUGUAUCAUCUGAGGUCAUCCUCCAAGCCCCCAGCUGAGGACUUUCUUCAGCGUCUGGGUGGCAAAAAGGUGCAAAAAAUUUGAAUGCGUCGAUCAAGACAGUCCUGCCAAACCCUUGAGACGUGCAGCAGUCUCAUGCUUUGACGGCCUUUAACCAAGUGAAUGUUGCACACAAUCAGACGGUGCCUGCGUGUUUUUUUUGCCUUCUCAUAAAUAAAUAGACUGUUUGCAACUCA